GCUCUCGGUCGGAUUUUGCGAGCGACCAUCCCCUGGAGGACAAAGCUAGGAGCCAUGGCCAUCACUGUGUACAUCUUGCCGGAAAGCCCACCUUGCGGUUUCGUGCUCUCACUCGCCAAGUAUCUAGGCGUGGAAGUCAAAGUCAGGAUUGUGGACGUGGCAAACGGGGAGCACCUCGGUGAGCAAUACCUCAAGUUAAACCCAUUCCACAAGGUUCCGGUGAUGGAUGAUGAUGGCUUCGUUGUUUACGAAAGCUCGGCGAUCGCCUACUACUUGCUCCGGAAGUACGCGCCAAAGUCUGAGCUGUACCCCGAAGACAUCAAAUUACGCACCCGCAUCGACCAGGUCCUCGCCGCCAUUUACGGCACCGUUCAUCCACAAGUGGCCGCCUUUUUCACUCCUCGCAUAGUUCUCAAGACGAAGCCCACUGCCGAAGAGGUCACUGCCUACGAGGAUAACGUUGUCAGGGGUAUCCAGCAGCUCAUCGGUGAUGGCAAAUACGCCGUCGGCGACAACCUCACCCUUGCCGAUCUGGCCAUUCUGCCCCAGCUGAACUUCUCUCUUGAGAUCGGCUGCAUCGACCCUUCCAAGUACCCCAAGCUUGUCAGCUACUACGAAAGAGUGAAAUCUCAGCUGCCUUAUUUCGAGGAAAUGUUCAGACCCAUCAUCAACCAGUCUAAGCAGCUGUGGGCCGCGCUGAAGCCCGCUACGGCGGCACUUCGGCGGAAGCGGUGGGUGAGGGCUUCGCCGGGCAAGCCACGCCGACGUCCCCCUCCCCCGAGGACGGCAACGAGAGCCACUGCUCCUCUGGAACGGGACGAGAACGGAGCAGACACCGGCUAUUGCGCGGGACGCCAGCAUCCAUUUUGGAGCAUUCGCCUCGUGCACAGCACCACCGACCCCAGCGCGAUGCCGUACACCCUGUACAACCUCUACGGCAGCCCACCCUGCGGCUUGGUGCGAAUGCUGGCGAAGCACAUCGGCGUCGACUUGGAGCUGAAGACCGUGGACACUUUCAAGCGCGAGCACAUGUCGCCGGAAUACCUCAAGAUGAAUCCCUUCCACAGGGUUCCUACCUUCUCUGAUGAUGGCUUCAUUAUAUACGAAAGUUCGGCUAUCUGCUAUUAUCUGCUGAGAAAGCACGCCCCCGAGAACGAGCUCUACCCCAACUGCCCCAGGGCACGUGCUCGUAUCGACCAAGCUCUCGCCACGAUAACAAGCACCAUUCAACCACACUUUUUCAAGUUCAUGAGACCGCGUUUCUAUGAUUUGAAGAAGCCUACCGCGGAGGAGGUGGAGCAGUUUGAGGAGGACGUGGUCAAGGGUUUCGAGCACGUGCUGGGUGAAGGAAAAUACGUGCUCGGUGACAAGCUUAGCCUCGCGGACCUUAGCCUGGUGGCUCACCUCACCCUUGUCCUUGAGGUGCCUUUCCUGGACGCUGAGAAGUACCCAAAGCUCAAGGCUUACUACGAUCGCCUGAAGGUGGAACUGCCCUAUUUCGAAGCAGUGAACCGGCAAGGAAUCUCCGCCUUGGAGUCUCUUUGCGCCGGUCUGAAGUAGAUUCCUGUGGCACUAAUGUCAGAGCGUUGUGAAAAUAAACACGUUCUAUAUAUCUACA